AUGCUGAGCAAACCACCGAUCCGCAUUGGCAAUGUCUCAGGCGCCACGGGAGACCAUCCGCAUGCUAUGAAGCGCAUGGUUGAGUCGGGCGGCGUCGAUGUCAUCACCGGGGACUGGCUGUCUGAGAUGAACAUCGCCUGGAACGCCAUCACAAAACGAGACGUCGACCCUGACCUCGGCUACGAGAACGGCUUCUACCUUCAGCUGGAAGAGUGCCUCGACCAGAUCAUGGAGCGGGAUAUCAAAGUGGCCACGAAUGCAGGCGCCUUGAACACAAUGAGUCUGUUCCGCAAGGUCCAAGCGCUCUGUGUGGAAAGAGGAUACAAGGAUACGGUGGUCGCCGCAGUUUUGGGCGACGAUGUCUCGGACUUGGUCACUGAUCCCAGCAAGAGGCGUUCUUUGCAUUUCCCCCAUCUCGAUCACCAGGAUCGGCUCCUUGACGAAUGGUCCCUGGAUCCUAUCUGCGCCAAUGCAUACAUCGGCUGUCGUGGUAUUGUCAAAGCCCUAGAAGCUGGAGCGAACAUUAUCAUCUGUGGGCGAUGUACCGAUGCUUCCCCCGUCAUGGGAGCCGCCGCCUGGUAUUUCGGCUGGCGCGAGGACCAGUACACCGAGUUAGCAGGCUCCUUACUCGCGGCGCACCUCAUCGAAUGUGGGCCUUAUGUUGUGGGAGCCAACUUCUCGGGCUUCAAAGACUUCUUACCAGAGUUAGUCGACCUAGCGUUCCCCAUCGCCGAAAUCGACUCGGCUGGCGGGUGUAUCAUCACCAAGUCCACUCAAGGAGGUGGCCACGUCACGCCCGAGACAGUCAAAGCGCAGUUGCUGUACGAGCUCCAAGGACACCUAUAUCUGAACCCGGACGUCGUCGCAGAUUUGUCGCAGGUCCAGGUAGAGGCUCAAGCGGGCCAAAAAGAUAGGGUUAUGAUUCAUGGGGUCAAAGGCCUGCCGCCGCCCGCCACGACAAAGGUCAUGGUCGCUGCUCCAGGAGGAUACCAGGCUGAAGCGACCUUUUACAUCAACGGAUUGGACGUGGAAGCCAAAGUGGCCAUGAUGCGUCAACAGCUGGACCACAUUUUGAAGGGAAACAAGUUCAGUCGAUUCAGCAUGGAGCAGUACGGCUCCCAGGUGGACAAUCCACGGUCGCAACAGGGAGGCACCGUGCAACUGCGAGUGUUUGCUCAAGCCAGGAACAAGGUCGAUAUCGAGGCUCCAUCAUUCAAGAUUCCAAUCUAUGCCCUUCGCAUGCAAAGUUAUCCUGGUUACCACAUGAACCUGGACUUUCGAACCAUGGACCCCAAACCAUUUAUGGAGAUCUUUCCCGCUGUCAUGCCACUUUCCAUGAUCGAUCAUCGUGUUGUCCUCAGCACGGGGCAGCACAUCAAGGUUGAUCCACCGCAAAAGACGGUCGAGUACCCAGUGAUGCGUCCCUCUUCUGACACGCAAGAUCCUAUAGAUCUUCAAUCCCUGGGACCAAUGGAAAUGGCACCUUUAGGAAGCAUUGUUCAUGCGCGAUCUGGCGACAAGGCCGACAAUUCCAACAUCGGCUUUUUGGUUCGCCACGAUGAUGAAUACCCGUGGCUCAAAACCUACAUGACUGUUUCACGCUUGAAGGAAUUGUUCGGCGACGACUGGCAGAAAGGAAAUCCUGAUCGACGGGUGGAGCGAGUUGAAUUCCCUGGGAUAAAUGCGGUUCAUUUGUGA